GGGGGGGGGGGGGGGGGGGGAAACAUCAAUAUAACAUCUGCAAAGCUCGGCUGUCUUCUGUUGUUGUUGUUGUUGUGUUAUUUGUGAUUACAAGCAUUUUGACAACAUGCAUGUCUAUUUCCCUCUAUGGAUUCUUCCACACGGGACUCUAGUAGUAAAUAAUGCAUGGCUGCUGCUGCUUUAUGACGCUGUCAGGGGAUUGUCAAUACAGUCAAAGGGCAAAGGGCGGAUACGUUGAUUCCAGUAGCUUUCAAUCGCAUCAUUCUAUGCAUGUGACAUGACAGGAUAUUUAGGUGGAAAGGAUUAUAGAGCCAGGUGAUAACGUUCAUUUUAGUUUCAACAACAUGAAUUAGAUGUUAUUUUUCCUUCCCACAACUCUGCAAUCACCUGCGGCUUCACACCAAUAGCCUUGCCCCCCUGGAUUCUCACGCAAGAUUGAUCUAGCUUCAUUAGAAUGCCUUUGUUUACGGAACAGUCAGUACCGCACUCGACCAGUAGAUGUCUGUCUUCUUUCGGCCAUGGUCACUCUUUGAAAUUGGAUAGCAGUUUUUUCUGGGUUGCAUAAGAACGACGGCCUAUGUAAUGCAUGUCGUUAACUAUGACUAAAAGUGGAAGCAACACACAAAAGGGGCUGAUGCAUUUACACUUAGUUAAAAAUAAACUGCAUUGACGACAGGUUGAGUGGCUUCUAAAGGGCAAUAUUGACCAAGCUAAAAGGCCUAAAUAGAUUUCUCCCUCAAACUUGAAUAACAUGUUAAUUGUGGCUAAAACUAAUUUGUGUCUCCAUUUCUGUCAUGCGUAUAAUGCAAUUAGUAAACAUUGGGAAAGGCAAACCUGUGCCAGCACAUUCAAUAUUAGUGACUCAAUACAACAGACCAUGGGUCAACAAUUCUCUUUAAAGCACAAGGAAGAGUAGGACUACCUUACAUUAUUAUCUAUUACACUGUUAUAAUAUGUUGCCAACACUAGGCCUACUUAUACUGAAUAGUAUAGGCCCCACUGUUAGUGUUGCUCUCAUGUGUCAAUGUAAUAUCUUAUUCUUCAAUUGAAAAUGCUGCUUAAUAUAUUAAGUUAUUUUAAGCUGCCCUAGUGACCGUUGAUUUAGGUUUAGAAAUAACACCUGUCGAGGUACCAUUUCUUUAUAUUAACAUUGAACCGUGUUUUCAGGCGUGACGGAGUUAACGGGGCGGGAGGACGCGGUAUCAGGGCCGGUCCAGUCGCACUAACUGUCCUGUGAUUGGCCCGCCUCUCCCCAACUCAAGCACUUGCUCGAAGAGUUGUCUCUGACGCGGAUUGUUAUGGGCGUGUCGCGGAGGAUAUACUCCGGAGAAACAACAAUAGAAAAGAUGUGGCUUGGACUAUUAACGCCUGUGCCUAGUCUGUGUCUCGAUUCUGCUCCAAACGAAGGGAUGUGACAAUUAUAUGUUCACGUCUGUAGCGAAACGUCCAACCUACCACGUUUGGAGAAGUAUAGGUCAGCCUAGCCGGGCGAUUUAUGCAAUAGGAAUAUGUUGCCACUGUGACAAGUAGCCUACUUGUUCUGCGACAUCCGCAAAAAGUCUAUUUCCUCCCAUCUGCAACAACGGUCUGCAACCUCUUUUUAUUUCGAGAGUCUGUUUUCUUUCCGUUGCGGGACGCAGAUUGGCAUGUGGGUCAAUACUGGAACCGUCGGCAGGGCACUCUCCAUGGAUAUAGACACUGACUAUGAGCGGCCCAAUGUGGAAACCAUUAAAUGUGUGGUGGUGGGAGACAAUGCAGUCGGCAAAACACGGCUCAUCUGUGCCCGGGCCUGCAAUGCCACCCUCACACAGUAUCAGCUCCUUGCCACCCACGUGCCAACCGUUUGGGCCAUCGACCAAUACCGUGUAUGCCAGGAGGUGCUGGAGAGAUCCCGCGAUGUGGUGGACGAGGUGAGCGUUUCCCUGAGACUGUGGGACACCUUUGGAGAUCAUCACAAAGACAGGCGGUUUGCAUAUGGCAGGUCUGACGUGGUGGUGCUGUGUUUCUCGCUGGCCAACCCCAACUCCCUCCGCCACGUGCGCACCAUGUGGUUCCCGGAGAUCAAGCACUUCUGCCCGCGCACCCCGAUCAUCCUGGUGGGCUGCCAGCUGGAUCUGCGCUACGCCGACCUGGACGCCGUGAACCGUGCACGCCGACCCCUGGCCAAACCCAUUAAACCAACAGAUAUCCUUCCUCCGGAGCGGGGUCAUGAGGUGGCCAAGGAGCUGGGCAUCCCCUACUACGAGACCAGCAUCGUGGCCCAGUUCGGGGUCAAAGACGUGUUCGACAACGCCAUACGGGCCGCGCUCAUCUCCCGCCGCCACCUGCAGUUCUGGAAGUCCCACCUGAAGAAGGUGCAGAGGCCCCUCCUCCAGGCUCCCUUCCUGCCGCCCCGCCCCCCGCGGCCCAUCGUGGGCAUCCCGGACCCCCCUCCCCGGGACGGCGAGGCCCCGGACGCCCUCUUCUGCCAGCCGCUGUGCGCCGACGUCCUGUUCCUCCUGCAGGGCGGCGCUGCCCGCGUCUUCGCCCACAAGGUCUACCUGGCCACCUCCUGCUCCAAGUUCAACGACCUCUUCACCCUGGACCUCAGCGCCUCGUCUCUGGCCGACGGGAGCGGCGACCGCGACCGCGACGACGACGACGACGAAGAUGACGGCGACGACGACGACGGCAGCCCCGGGCCGGAGAGCGAGGAGCGGUCGGAGAGCGCCGACGAAGACGAGCAGAACCGGAGGGGCGCCAAGGAGCAGGCAGGCCGCACCAAGAGCCUGGACAUCGACAAGGACACGGCGGAGGGCGGCGUGCGCGGCCUGAAGCGCCCCCCUCUGCCCCCGCUCGGCCCCCUCAGGACGUCCCAGAGCGACAACGCGCUGCCCUGCCGCGCCCCCUGCGGCCAGGCGGCCCCGGGCAACAGCCACGCCCUGUCCGGCUGGGGGAGGGGCUUCCUGAGCGUGGGCGUGGAGCACGUGGACGACCCGGUGACCGGCAGGCCCCGGCUCAUGACGGUCGUCGCCAUGGACGCGCUCAUACAGGAAGAGCCCUUCCAGGCUGUGCUUCAGUACCUCUACACCGGUAGUCUGGACGAGGGGCGAGGGGACCUGAUGCAGGUGGCCACCAUUGCUGAGCUGUUGGAGGUGUUUGACCUGCGGAUGAUGGUGGCCAAUAUCCUGAACAGAGAGAGCUUCAUGAAUCAGGAGAUCACCAAGGCCUUCCACGUGCGGAGGGCCAACCGCAUCAAGGAGUGCCUGAAUAAGGGCACCUUCUCCGAUGUGAUGUUCAGAUUGGACAAUGGCAACCUUCCGGCCCACAAGCCCCUGCUCAUCUCGAGCUGUGAUUGGAUGGCUGCUAUGUUCCGUGGUUCCUUCAUGGAGAGCUACAUUGAGGAGGUCUCCAUACCUGACACCAGCAGUGCCUGCAUGCAUGGGGUGCUGGAGUUCCUGUACUGCGGCCAGCUGACGCCAAGCCCCGGCCUGGAGCCCAUCGACCUGAUCGUCCUGGCCAACAGGCUGUGUCUGCCCCGCCUCGUGGCUCUCACAGAACAACAUGCUGUUGAUGAGCUGCUCCAACUGGCUGUGAAGGGAACAGACAUUGACGGACAGGUGUUGGCUUACCUCGAGUUGGCUCAGUUCCAUAACGCUCAGCAGCUAUCGGCCUGGUGUCUGCACCAUAUAUGCACUAAUUACAACAGCAUCUGCCGCAAGUUUCCUAAAGACAUGAAAGCCAUGUCUCAAGUUAACCAGAGGCACUUUGAGAAGCAGCGCUGGCCUCCCGUGUGGUUCCUGAAGGAGGAGGACCGCUACCUGCGCUCUCAGAAGGAGCGCGAGCGAGAGGAGGAGAUCCUGCGCAAGCAGAACACCAAGCGGGGCUGGUGCUUCUGGAGGCACCAGUCGUCCUCCUCGCCCCACGUCUCCUGAGCUCCCCCGGCUCCUGACUCCGUUCCAGAAUGUCCCCAGUGCUCAGUGGUAUGGAUGUGCUGGUUUGCCUGCUCCCCCCACCCCCACCUGUGUGCAUGGGAUUUGUAGUUGAUUGUGUGAGUAGAUUGUUUUUUCUUUAUUUUUUAGGCUUGUGUGACAGAGAAGAGAGUGAGUGAGUGAGAGAGAGCGCCUUUGUGUCUGUGAGCAUGUGGGUGUGUGCCACCGAGCCACUUCAGUACCAUUCGGUCUCCUUUCACAAGACCUCCUCCUCCUCUUCCACCUCCUCCCCCCCCCCCCCUCCUCCUCCUCCUCCUCCUCCUCCUCCUCCUCCUCCUCCUCCUCCUCCUCCACCUCCUCUUCCUCCUCCACCUCCCCUCGACUCAGAACGUCCCCUCCCGGAGUGACCUCCUGAGAUAUUGGGGCUUUUGAUUCCACUUCCCAUCCUGCUUAUUGACUUGAUUAUCACGUUGACCACAUGCUGAUCCAUCUAGGUCCAACCCUCAGAGCCACUUUAAUACACCAACACCGGAACACCCAUCCCAUCACUUGGAGAAGGUUUUUUAUAAAUUUUGGUGGUUAUUUUCCAUUUUCUUUGUUGUCUACAGUGAUAACUGUGGUUAUUAGUUAUCAGUUAUCACCCUCAUAACCUCCUUCCAUUGACGUCAUGAACUAUUUUACAAGCCCACACACAUCCACUCUCCCUGGAGAGAUGGAUUCAAAGAACUAAUUCCACGAAAGUGUCGCUCGAUGUGAAGAGUCGACAUAAACAGUCCCUCAACGUGAACAGUCCCUGGACAGGAACAGUCCCCGUUUGAAUACCACUGCCAGGGAUUCAUGAUGGAUGCAAUUUCUUUGAACAGAUUCUAAGAACAGCUGUGUUCUUCUCAAUGUCCUUCCUUGACCACUAGGUUGUGUUGAAUCGCCUAAGCCAGCCUGCCUUUCCACCCCUGUACCACUAGGGGCAGCACCGCUCAGGGCACAAGCACCAACCUUCACAUAAGGACACAUAAGUUAUUUUGUUAUUUUUUUAAUUAACUUUUAAGGUGACGAGGAGCCUUUUUUAUUGCUAUAAUCUUAACCGUGUUGAAAGAACACAAAGCACACACAAACACAUUAUUUGGCUCGCAAGAUUUUUUUUUUUUUGAGUUUGCCUUUACUGAAAACCAAAGCUGUGAUUUGCUUUUAUUUAUUUCAUUUUGGGAACCCCCCCCAAAAAAAAUAAGCAAAAGAAAGAAGAAAUAGCGACCAGACUUACAGACUAGCAGAGAGUGGGAGAGGGGGCUCAGUAUGUAGUGAUUGUGGUGUCAGUCUGUUCUAAGUCUCCACACACAAUGACAUAGCCUUCCAUUCUACCUGCUGGGAUUGAAAAUGGUGCAAAUGGCUUUUCCGUAGUAAUACACAUGCAAGCAACCACACACACAUGUACAUGUUUGUAUCCACACACAUUAUGUUUAUAUUAAUUAUAGUGUCCAUGCACAUGAACUCACACAAGGUGAUGCACACAUUAUUCUGUAAAGUUUAGUUAUUUUUCAAUAUUAUUCAAUAACUGGCCUAUUCCAAAUACCGUUUUGCAAUAUUUGUUGAAAGGUCAUUCAUUUCUGAAUAUAUUUUAAAUCACUUGAAUAUAAUAUCAUUUUAACAACCCAUUUCAUUAGGCUGUGUUUGAAUCAUCCUUAAAUAGGUCUGUAGUGUUUCACUGUAUAUCAGGAUGUUUUUGGAAUGAAAUUGCAAUUUGGAUAUAGCUUUAAAUGCCAAGAAUUGUAAUAGUAUCUCUAUGAUAACCUCUUACUAGUGUUGUAGUCAUUAUUUUUAUUAUUAUUAUUAUUUGGCUCUUUGGUAGUGAUUGUGAAAGCUGGGAUUCUUGUGGUUGCAUUGAUUCUUCUCUAUGAGCCCUCUUUUCCUUUAUACCCUCCCUCUCUGCUCCGUUCCGAUGGGGAGGGCUAGGGCAGGAGACACAGUGUAUAGGAGACGGAUGGGGUGGUGUGAAACAUGUGGCGAGAUCCACCAGCUAUCAACAGCUCCCAAAAAUAGACGUUAGAUAGCAUCUCAUGAGACCUGGUGAGAAUUGAGCUGCUUCCUUCUUAAAGGAAAGAAUAGAAAGAGAAAGAGAGUGAGAUCCGAGGCACCUUGGCCCGCACUCGCUUCCCAUCGACCUACAGUAUUUUAAAUAUGUUUGGCGUCCGAAAAAUGCACAGCAUCCAAUACCUUUGGAUUCAGACAUUUAUAUUACAAUGAGGAGAAGAUGUCAGACUAAUACUUUUUUUUUUUUUUUUUUCCAUAGACUUGAUAGCCUUAGCCAUGACUCUCUAGGCUUUGUGGGCCUUCUAAAGGACACACCAAGUCAGAACAUCAUUUUAUGGAGGUAGUAUUGGGGAAUUUGGCUGAGAUGUUCUUCUGCGUUGGUCAACAUCAUUGAUUCGACAUGUAGGGAUCAUUCUAAUAUUAUAGCGUACAGAUCUAGACUUUUUGAACAAUGCCAUCCUCACAGGGGGUUAUGAGCUUUACAAACUGGGACCUGAGUAGCAGAAUCCUUCCAGGAACCUUCUAGAUAGGGGUCUAAUCAAAAGGGCCACUGAUCUGUACGUCUCCUCUAUAGCAUGGUUUGUGGCUUGAGGCCAUGCUUGGUUAGGGGCCCGAAUGAACUGAGCAAUAAUACGAUGGUGGUGCUCUCUAGGAUGCUGUCAGACCGCUUCUCAUUCCCAGAGAAGGCUGGAGCAUAAUUUUUAUUUCCUUUUUUUUUUAACUGAGCACUAGCUGGCCUGUGUGUUCAGAGCAGAAACCACUUUUGGAACGUGGUUUUAUUUGGAAUGUUUUUGUUUUGAGUUUUUCUUUUUUUUUUUUGGUCGGACUCUUAUCUUGCGUCACUUUUACUGUGUUUGGUAUUGGAAUGCACUUUUUAUCUUUACUUAAUGGACUCUGCCUUUUUAUAUGUGACGGCAUGACUUGUUACUCAUUCAAACUUAUGAAAGGUUCGCUCUUGGGAGAACUCUUUCUUUGUUGACGUUAAGUUGUGUAAAGAAUUAGCUUGAUGUGUAUACUUUCUUUACGUUUGCUCUCCAGAAUCUACACAGCACAGUAUUAUCCACUUGGGAUAACCCCACACACUUAACCACUCUAAAGUGUUCUCUUAAUUGCACAAUCAUUUGAGUGUACAAGAAUACACUCAAAUUUGGAGAAAGAACUGGUGUAUACUUGUCCGCUUACAAAAUAAUAAUUAUAUUUAAUUUAAAGAUAAUGGUUGAAAGCUAUUGUAAGCUAAUGAAAUCCUCCAAAAAUGUAAUUGACUGGAAAAUCCAAAUUCAAAUAUUUUGCAGAAUAAAUAUUUAAGAAUGUAUUCGAUGUCGGUUUUGGUUUAGCGCGGUCUAGAAUCAGACGCAUAUAGCACAAAUAGCACUAAUUGGUCAUGAUGCAUGUCUCUGCUAGGGGUUCAAAAUGGAAUUGGUCGAGGCUUCCCCCAAACCGUAAUACUUGCAUUACACUGACCCCUACUGGUUGAAUGGGUUUAUGAUUGUUCACUCUUUCAACCAUUGUUACUCGCAGUCCCUGUAUUUUAUUUAAAAAAUAAUUCGAUUUUUUAUGUGUACAGUAGAUGUCAUUGUUUCUUUCAAUCCCUGCUGUGCCUUUAAAGGAAUUCCACAUAGUUGGGUCUCCACAGGGUUACAAUAACACCGAAACUAUUGCCUUCGAGUUGGAAGUGAAAUGUGUUGCUGGACAGGCUUUUAGAGACAUUCCCAUGUGCAAGUUGGGGAAUCUAGAAUCCUGUCACCGGAGGAUGGGCAGAAACUUCCUUGAUAUUCCGAUGUAAUGUUUCCACCAAUGAGCCACAUGUAGCUACAAGGGGGAAACUUCCGAUCUCUUUCCCCAACACAGCUUUUUAAACCACUUUGAAAAUACAAAUUCACCUUUUGCACACAUUUCAACGCCCGCACUUUCUAUUAUGUAGCCUUCUGUAAAAUGCCUUUUAUACCAUGUUGCUUCUACGACCACGGGCGGUUAGACAACUAAAAUGUUCUCCUUUUUCAUCCAACUCAAGUAUAUUUUCCCAAUAGUUUUUGCAAUUAUUUAAUACAAUUUGUAUAACAAUCCUGCAUAACGUCAUAUAUGUUAAGUUUAAAUACAGGAAGAGCUCCACCCUUUUGAACUACUGUGUCGAGUAAGAAUAAAUAUUCAUUAGGAAAAAUAAACGUUAUUUAACUUCAUUCAACAUGCUAUAUUCAAGAUGUGAUGCAACAUGCAUUGGAUAUGCUAUACUCUAUAUGUAUGGUAUAUAUGGGCUAACUAUAAAGAUUUAUAAAGAACAUUGUUUGAUUAAUCCCUGCUCUGUACUGUAAUUUUUCUGAAGUUAUAAACUUUACAUUGUUUUGCACUUUUGUCUUUUAUUUUGUUUUAUUAUUAACCCUUCAUGUGUUUCAGUUUUGAUUAGGUUUUUGAAGAUAUCGAAAAGAGCACAGACCACAUUCACUCUAUUAAGGGCUUAUAUACAACAAUCAGAAUGUUUUGCUGCAAAAUAAUAUUUGAAUGGUCUUUUGUAUUAUUUUUGAACCAAUGUGAUUUUUAGAAAAUUAUAACAAAAUGUUAAGGAAAAAAAGUUUUGCCAUUUCAGUAUUCUAAUGUUUGACCUUUUAAUAAAGUCUGGUAAUCUUUUGAAA